AAUGUUUUAUUAAAAUAUGUCAAAAUAAAAGUGUAUUUUCGUAUCAAUCAUGUACUAAAUUCGUAAGUAAUUAACUGCAUAAAAAUCAGGAUUUUUUUUAUGUUUUACAAUGGAACGCAAAAAACGUCCCUGUAAAUGUCCAGGAAAUUAUAAGAAAUACUGUAAACAUAUCCAAUUUACGGAUUGUAAGAAUGUUCAAGAAAUUAUUGAAGCUCUAUUAUUUCAAGAGGAGCUUGAAAAAGAGUAUAAAAAAUGCAAGAAUGUUCAACGUCCAUAUUUCAAGACCAAGCCUUUUAAGCCGCGGCAUUACAAAGACACGUGCGUGCCGAUGACUCCGUCCAUGCACACAAGGUUGCGGUACAUAUCUCAUUGCCCUAUAGAAUCAUUGGCACCACCGCGGUACAAACAAUCAAGAUCAACGCUUCCUGAUUAUGGUUUCGGCUCGUCGUCUGAAGGAAGUGGUAGCAUAUUAGGUAGAAGGAGAACAGAAAAGAAGAGAGUGCGGUAUUACGAUAUGUUAUCUGGAGAUAUACAUUUGCCGGAACCUACGGCUGUAAUAAAACAUACACCAUCAGAUAAAUCAAUAUUAAAAGUACCAAGUCCAAAAACAAGCGGAGAAUUUAUCAGCGUGCAGCGAGCGAGUGUGCAGCCUAAAGAAGUACAGCCGCCCUUGCCUGCGCAAUCGGGACACGAAUUAGUAAAACCUCACAGUGGGAUCGUCAUAAACGCAGAUAAAGAUUUUGUUGUGGACAUACCAGUUGUUGGUGGACCGGGAAGGGUAGGAGCUAAAAGAAAGCGGCGUAAAUUAAGGGUCUGUGGUUCGAAAAAAUGUACAGGAAAAAAAUGUCGGAAAUGUGCUGCAAUACGAAGACGGUUACGAGAAGCAAGGAGAAGCCGUCAUUUAGAUAUUCCGUUCCCAAGUAUAGGAGUGACUGAUGGAAAACCAAGAGCUAGAGGAACACAAAAACAUUUGAAAGAUGACGAUUCAGUAUGCGGUCUGGAUGAAAUUCCGAAGCCAGAACACGUCCACAUCCCAGCGAAUCUCAAAAGGGGGACAUUGAAAACUCACUCGUUAACAGUGUUGCCAUGCACUAAAGAGAAAAAGGCUGAUAUUCAUUACGGCAUAUUGACUGGCUCUUUCAACAUGUACGACAGCAAAUUUGGAAACAGGUCACGAGGUCGACAGGCGCUGACGAUGAGUGUGAUGGCGUACUGCCUCGCCUUCCAUUACCAUCCCAAGCAGUGGACGAUGAAGUUAAUUGACAACCUCAUAGACGCCGGGGACCAGUGGUAUUUGCAAUGUCUAGAAAAAGUGCACGACCACUCUUCUGUUCAAGGCAUGUGCGAAGUGUUGCCAUUUGGUAAAAAACAAACGUUAAAUUUAAAUGGGAAGCGAAUGCAGGUCUUAUUGGGAGAGCCCGACGUGGUGGGCUACACGAUGUCAGUCGAUCCAACUGUAUACAACCUGUGUAGAGGUUUGAAAGCAUUCUUCGCUGAUAAUAGGGCUGGGAUCUUACUUACUCGUGUCUUAAAGGUUGUGAUCUGGAAGGACAAAAUAUGUUUCUAUAUUUUUGACCCCGCCGGCAGAGACUCUCGCGCGUAUUCAAACUUUACAAACGGCGCUUCAGCUCUAAUAAACGUCAAAGAUGUAGUUUCCGUCGCUCAAGUUGUCUUAGCUCGAAGUGUAGUUGAAGAUCAGAAGUUUGUUUUAGCUCCUGUUAAAGUUUUAAAAAUGAUGGACGAAAACGCCGACGAAGAUUUCGAAUCGGACAAAGAAUUGACUCAAGCGGAAAAAGCAAUGAUGAGUUACAGAAUUUUAAAUGAAAAUUGCGCAAUUGUUAAUGCUAACAUGCAUCUUGGAGACAGAUGUUUUGAAGACACGAAAUUCCGUCAGGCUUUAACAAUUGCUGUGGUGGCGAUGACUUAUGCGAAGAUUUCUCCACCGAACACAUGGUUUACAAAGACUCUAGAUAAGAUAUUGCGAUUAGGCAACAAACUAUAUGUUGAAUGCGCUCAUCCAAAAGUAGUUAUCGAUAUAACGAUAGACAACAUUCCCAAUGAGAUCACUCUCGGUCCGUUCGCGUGCGAGAUAAUAAUAUAUAGAGAAAGAGUAAAAGGCCAACUGUUUACGACUAAAGAUUGCUUCUUGAACAUUAAGACAGGUCUAGAAGAAUUCUUUAACCGUGAAUACAACAGCGGUAUUUUAGAAUUCAACAAUUAUUCUCUCGCUGUGUGGAGACAGAAAGACAUGUAUUAUUUAUUCGAUUGCUAUCCUCGCACUACUGAUGGUUUGCGGUCCCAUACUGUGGGCAAGGCAUGUUGUUGGAUGCUGUUGAACCCGGAAACAAUGGCGGCGGUGUUGACUAAAAAUUGGGAUUAUCUACCCGUUACUACUCCGUUUUAUAUCCAUGCAUUUAAAGUACUUAAGUUAAAGAAGCGAGAACCAAAGAAACAAAUUGUGUGUACAUUAAGUGACGAGGAGUUGCCCGGUGGCAAGUUUAAGAGAAGGGAAAAGUACUUGGUCUCUAGUAAAGGUCAUGGCGACGGCAAGGAGGUCGUUCAUGAAAUUCUUGCUGCGGAUCCCGUGGACGACGUAGGAAAGGCUCGUGUUGAUGAGGAACAAAUGGGUGAUAUUAUAUCGUUAGUGGACAGCAUACAAGAUGACUAUCUGCCGCCGAUACCUCUGCGUUACAAGAACAUGGAACCCGAACCUGAACAACCGAAAAUUGUGAACCUGGACUCGCCGACGGUGUCGGUGACGCAGGUGGUGCCGCCGUGGCCGGUGCCGCGCGACAAGAGCCGCGAGCCGCCGGAGCCCGACCCCGAUCCGGAGCCCACGCCGCCGCCCACCCCGCCACCCUUGCCUCCACCAGAAGGAGGUGUAGAGGAAGAAGCAGAGGAAGAAGAGGAAGACGAGGAGGCGAUACAAAGAAAGAAGGAAGAGAGGGAAAGAAAGAAAGCGGAAGAAGAAGAAGCGAGAAGGAAGGCGGAGGAGCUGCCGCCGCCACUACCGCCGCCGCCGCCCUCGCCGCAGCCUGAGCCUGAAGUUCCCCUUGCACCUAUGGAGAUUGCCGAAGAAGAAGUUCAAACAUUUGAGCCGGUCAAAGUGGACCGCAAGAUUCUUUUGACAGAAGAUGCUCGCCAGCGGUCCAAGCUGCGCCAGUACCGCAAGAAACUGUCUCCGCCAUUGGACGAACUUCUAGUCGAAUCUACACCGUCUGAGGAACUUUACAAACCGAGCAACUUCAAGACUUUGCCCGAUAACUCUCAGAUUAUCCGCGGCACUUCCGCCAUAACGGGCGGGGACGCUCCCAGCGUCUUACCCUUCGCAGCUAUAAUGGCCAUCGUCACUUCCUAUAAAUACAUGAUCAGCACUUGGACGCCUGAAAUCGUAAACUUCGUUAUAGACUCGGGUAAAAAAUUGUAUAAAAAUAAACUGCAAAAAUUUCAACUCGCUCCAGUACAUAUAAUUCCAAAAAUCACAAUAGGACACCAGACGUAUCAAGCGCAUAUCGACGUGGUGACAGAAGGCCCGUCGUGGCAACUUGAAAAUAUUAUAAGUAAAAAGUUCUUUAACAAACAUGACAGGGGAAUGAUAACCACUACUUCGUACAGUGGAGCAUUUUUCAGAAAGAAUGGUUUGUAUUACCUGUUCGAUGGAGGUCCCUGCAGUCCCUUAGGCAUCAGGGAAGAGAAAGGCAAGGGAAAUAAUGCUUGCUUCUUGCGGUUUAAAUCAUUGCAUGAUCUCGUUAUCAGAAUGCUUUACAACAAAGACGGGAUCGGCGAUGACCAACAAUUUGUCCUGAGCAAAAUUUUAGUGAGAAAACUUUUGAAAGAACCAAGGAUGAAGCUACCGGAGGAUUAUGACUAUUCAGCUGGUGCGCCUACUUCCAGUAAAUCGAAACAAACGUUAGUCGACCCAAAGGGCAAAGACAAAGACAAGAAAACCUCCGUCGAUUUUUCUGAACCUAAAAGCGAAACUGUGAUUGGUUAUCAACAGAUUCAAGGCCUUUACAGAAUUGAAGGAACUACCUCUCUCAACGACAGAUCAGCUAGUUCUGAAGUGAAGGCUUCACAUUUCGUGAGUCUAAUUGCAAUGCUAAUGGCCGCUAUGCAUCCAAUAAGAACAUGGGAUCAUAUCAUGAUCGAUACGUGUAUCGAAAAAGGCUUAGAGAUAUUCGAAAAGGCGACAAAUCUGAAUGUUUGCGAAAAGAGAGUAAUCAAAAACAUUAUACUGGAGGGAAAAUUAAUAGAUGUCAACAUUAAGAAAAUCCUUGUGAUAAAUGAUAAUACCGAGAAAACUUUAGAACAGUAUUUGAAUGCCGUUUUAAGACGUCUUCGUUUUGUUAUAAUUAGAUUUCCCAGUUGCAGUAUGGUUCUGUGUCGUAUGGAUGGAUACUAUCAUCUUUUCGAUCCCAAUCCAGCCCCAUCCAAUGAAGAGCCGGAAGUUAUCGUUGAAAGUAAACAGCCAAAAGCUCCAGUAAAAUCUGCAGGUUCCGUGGCGACGUGGACGCUGUACCGAUCUAUAGAUGGAGUCAUACGGAGGAUACGAAAUACAGUCGGGGAGAAAGCAGAACAACCAGAAUUCUAUACAUUCGAAUUGACAUCUGUAAAAACAGCACCCAAACAUUCAGCCCUCAACUAUCGUCUCAGUCCGCUUUUCAAGCCCGACCAAAAUCCAAAUUUGCCAUACUUAAAGCGUAGGAAACCACGGCCUUUGGUCGACGAGAAAAUGUACUGGUUAAAUAUUGAGAUGAUACCGUGGUCACGGAUGAAUCCGUUGAACGAUGCGGGAGUUAAAAGAGGCAUACCGAAGUCGAUGUGGAAGGACUGGGAUAUAGAAUUUCCCGGUGAUCUCUACUCGCUGUGGGGCAACAUACAUCCUUUAGACCCGCGAUUCGACGAAGAGCACCGCGGCAAGCAGUACCUCGCCACGUGCUGUCUGGCCGCCUACAUGACGGAGGUGUGCAACCUCAGCGCUUGGACUAGCAGUCUUCUGGACGGUAUCGUGUCCGGUGGCGAUAAAUAUCACGCUAAAACGCACGAAAAAAUCGGAACUAACGUCAAUCAUGAAAUAACUAUCGAAGACUUGGAUACCACAUUCAAUGGCUUAUAUCCGUAUUCUUUUUCGGUCACCUUCACUAAAGUCAUAUUUGGAUUCGUCUACAAUACAUAUCCGGAUAGAUUUAAUUUGAGUAAAGCUUUGGAAUAUUUCUUUGAAACUAACAAACUAGGCGUAUUGGUCAGCCCUACAAAGAAUUUAUCUUUUGGAAGAAUAGGUCCUUCAUAUUUCAUGUUCGAUUGCCAAACUUAUGGAGCUCCAAUAUUUUCACCGGGGCAAGGAGCUUCAUAUAUUCUUAAAUGUGAAAGUCUCAACAGAUUAAUUUACUGUAUGGCUGUUACAUUGAAUUUAAAAAGGCAUGGUCAGCAGUUCCAUUUAUACAAUAUAGCUGUUAAAGUAACUGAAUCCAAAUAAAGUGUUAGUGUUGUGUACAUUCAA